AUGUCUGUUUUGGCUAGCAUGAUUGAUUGGAUAGAUUAUAGAUUAGAACCGUUAAUGUAUGUUUUUGGAGUUGUGCUCAUCUUCCUCAGUUUUUAUUUUAAAUUUUAUUUACGAAACAAAAAACAGGGAAGAUGUGGUGUUAGUAGACACCAGUCACACUCACACCACACUGGUCUAUUUGCAUUGCUUAGGGUUUUGGAGUGCAUUCGAAUACCUGAGCACAAGGGGAAGAAGUGGUCAACGUUCUCGUUGGUUCUGUGGGUGCUUUUCUUCCUCACACUCAUCCUCAUCCUGCUCCUUGCUCUCGGCAUUGUUUAUCUUCCAACUACCGAUGACGAUUUUCCAACCACGGAUCUCAGCGCCUUCAGGCGCAAGACCUCUCAAAGUGGUGAGAGUUUGGUGGAAAACUCGGAGCAGUGGACCGAGAUUCUCUCCUGGGAGCCAAGAGCGUUCAUCUAUCACAAUUGUCUGAUUGAAAGUCGUAGGAGAUUUCAUAUCAUCCGUUCCUGGGAUCAAGAUGGAUCUCCGCAAAAGUAUUGGCUCAUGAAGCAUAGGUUCUUGAGGAUCUUGAGUUUGUUCUUCAUGAACAACCAAAUUAUCUUGAGUGGGAGAUUCAAUAACAAUAUCUUGUAGAGGUUCUGAAUUUGCUUUAUCAAAAGAACCUGUAUGAAUCGGUUUUGGAAUUGUUACUGAUUCUUCUUCUAGCACAAAGUCUCUAAUCUUAUUCUUCCCCCCAAACUCAAUAUCCUCAAAGAAUGUGGCAGUUCCCGUCUCAAAAAUUGUCUUUAAUUUGGUAUCAUAAAAUUUAUAGCCCCUGGAUCUUUUAGAAUAACCAAUACAGUAGUUACUCACUGUUCAGGAGUCCAAUUUCCUUUCA